GGCUUUUAUGCCUUCGCUUUCGCCUUCGCCCGCAUGCUCGCUUGCGCACCAGGCAGACUCGGACUCCUCAUUUGUGCUGUGCACUCAAUGACAUAUAUUGCGACAGGUACCGAACCGACCCUCCCAUCAACGGCGUCGCAAAUCGCACUUCUCCAACCUAUUUUGUGUCCUUGAAGCCAGCUUGUGAAAGCUGCCUUUUCCAGCCAAACCACCACCAGGAGCAGGCAUCCAUCCAACCAGAGGGCUUGAAUCUCUCCUCGAAUCCUCCUCGAAUCCUCUUCGAAUCAUCCUCGUCUCUUCUCGACUUCCCCCUCGAAUCCUCCUGCGCACUUGCUGCUCUCCUUCGAGAUCCAUUCCAACAUCACGCCUCCAUGAUCCCCAACCAGGCCCCCGAACCCUUCUCCAUCGCCAACAUGUUGUCCAUGCCGGUAACAGAAACGGAGAAGAUGCCCUCCAACCCGCAUGUCUCCCCCAAAGCCAUACCCCCUCGCACCUCCAGCUCCAGCGCUGCCACCGUCACAACACCUCCACCGAAAUCUAUCCAUCGCCCCGUUCCCGAAGGCGAAUGGAUCAGCCCGAAACUGCGCCCUGCGAAACUAGCUACGACAUUGGGCCUCGCCAUGAUGCAGCCCCCAAACCAGCCCCCCAACCCAGAGCGAUAUGCCCACGAGGACCUCAACUUCACAGCUCAGCGCUCCUGGACCGAGGAGAAGGAGAAGGUCGUGCGCGGCCCCUUUGACUAUGUCAUAAGCCAUCCUGGCAAGGACUUCCGCGCCCAGCUGAUUGGCGCCUUCAAUGCCUGGCUCGACGUCCCCGCGGACAGCCUCGAGAUUAUCACCCGCGCUGUUGGCAUGCUUCACGAGUCUUCUCUCCUCGUUGAUGACGUCCAAGACUCGUCCGAGCUGCGCCGCGGCUUUCCUGUCGCCCACAACAUCUUCGGCGUCGCCCAGACCAUCAAUUCCGCCAACUACAUAUACUUUACUGCGCUCCAGGAGCUACAAAAACUCAACAAUCCAGAAGCUAUCACCAUGUUCGCCGAGGAGCUCGUCAACCUCCAUCGGGGCCAGGGAAUGGACCUCUUCUGGCGAGAUACCCUCACCUGCCCCACUGAGGAGGACUACCUCGAAAUGGUUGGCAACAAGACAGGCGGACUCUUCCGCCUCGGCAUCAAGCUCAUGCAAGCCCAGUCCGCCUCUACUAUCGACUGCGUGCCCCUCGUCAACCUCAUCGGCCUCAUCUUCCAGAUCCGAGAUGACUACAUGAACCUCUCCUCCAAGGAGUACAGCCACAACAAGGGCAUGUGCGAGGACCUGACAGAAGGAAAGUUUUCUUUCCCAGUCAUCCACAGCAUCCGCUCCAACCCUUCCAACCUCCAGCUUGUUAGCAUCCUCAAACAAAAGACCUCCGACACCCAGGUUAAGCGUUACGCCGUCGCCUACAUGGAAUCCACUGGCACCUUUGAGUACACCAGGAAUGUCCUAACCGUCCUCAUCGAGCGCGCUCGCAAGUUGGCUGAGGAGAUCGACCAAGGCCAAGGCCUCACCAAGGGCAUCCAGAAGAUCUUGGAUAAGAUGGUUGUCACCUGAGCGUCCUUGGAGCUUCUCCUUAACAAUCCGCCAGGAAAUGGCCUUGCAAGGGUGGCUGGGGUUGGGAAGACCCCGUGUUUUUACUCCUUUAUUAAUCGGAUUUAACGUGUCACGAGCGGAGCGCAUAUAGAAUGAUCUAGCUAGCGUCCCGGGAACUAAUAAUCUUUGAUUCCACAGUUCCGGGCAAUUUCUCGAGUUGAUACCACUUUGCCGGCUUCUCUUGGGCUUGCGGGGGAUGUAAGGCGGGGCGAUAUCAACAAACAAAUUGUUACAUUUAGAUGAUUGUAUUAUUUGAGCGCUCGGUGGCGUGUCGCUAAAACCGCACCGAAUUUACCUCGUCUUCAUAAAAUUCAUG